AUGCCAGCGUCCGGAGCGGAAUCGAAGGAUGAGGAUUACUCCACGGCGAUCCUGAAACAGAAGCACCGGCCAAACCGACUCAUCGUGGACGAGGCCCUCAAUGAGGACAACAGCAUCAUCUGCCUGUCUCAGAGUAAGAUGGAGGAGCUACAGAUGUUUCGUGGGGACACAGUGCUGCUCAAGGGGAAGAAGCGCCGCCAGACAGUGUGCAUCGUCCUCACGGAUGACACCUGCGUGGAGGAGAGAGUGCGGAUGAACCGCGUGACACGAAACAAUCUGCGUGUGCGGCUGGGUGACGUGAUCAGUAUCCAGCCAUGUCCAGAUGUCAAAUAUGGGAAAAGGAUUCACGUGUUACCCAUCGACGACUCCAUUGAGGGGCUGACUGGCAAUCUGUUUGACGUGUUCCUGAAGCCGUACUUCCUAGAGGCCUACAGACCGGUGCACAAGGGUGAUAUUUUCCUGGUUCGAGGGGGCAUGCGUGCCGUGGAGUUCAAGGUGGUCGAGACCGAUCCCACCCCUCAUUGCAUUGUUGCCCCAGAUACCAUCAUCCACUGUGAAGGGGAGCCAAUCAAGCGUGAGGACGAGGAGGAAAGCCUCAAUGACAUCGGCUACGAUGAUAUUGGUGGCUGCAGAAAGCAGUUGGCUCAGAUUAAGGAGAUGGUGGAGCUUCCCCUUCGGCACCCUGCUUUGUUCAAAGCCAUCGGUGUUAAGCCUCCUCGAGGCAUUCUACUUUACGGCCCACCUGGGACAGGUAAAACCCUUGUUGCACGAGCCGUGGCCAAUGAGACUGGAGCUUUCUUCUUUCUCAUCAACGGGCCAGAGAUAAUGAGCAAACUGGCGGGCGAGUCUGAGAGUAACCUGAGGAAGGCUUUUGAAGAAGCCGAGAAAAAUGCUCCGGCCAUCAUCUUCAUCGAUGAGCUUGAUGCCAUCGCCCCGAAGCGAGAAAAGACACACGGCGAGGUGGAGAGGAGGAUCGUGUCACAGCUCUUGACUUUGAUGGAUGGCCUCAAACAACGAUCCCACGUCAUCGUCAUGGCAGCCACCAACCGACCUAACAGCGUGGACCCUGCCCUGCGCAGAUUCGGUCGCUUCGAUCGAGAAAUCGAUAUUGGCAUCCCGGACUCGACAGGUCGCCUGGAGAUCCUGCAGAUUCACACCAAGAACAUGAAGUUGGCCGAUGACGUAGACCUCGAGAGGAUUGCCACCGAGACUCACGGUCACGUCGGAGCAGAUCUGGCGGCUCUGUGCUCUGAGGCCGCGCUGCAAGCAAUCCGCAAAAAGAUGAUGCUGAUUGACCUGGAGGAUGAGACCAUCGAUGCAGACGUCCUCAAUUCCCUGGCGGUCACCAUGGACGACUUCCGUUGGGCACUGGGUCAGAGUAACCCCUCCGCCCUCAGAGAGACCCUUGUGGAGGUUCCUCAAGUAAACUGGGAUGACAUUGGUGGCCUGGAGGAGGUGAAGAGGGAGCUGCAGGAGCUCGUGCAGUACCCCGUUGAAUAUCCUGACAAGUUCCUGAAGUUUGGGAUGACUCCUUCCCGCGGAGUGCUCUUCUAUGGUCCUCCUGGGUGCGGAAAAACUCUCCUAGCAAAGGCCAUUGCCAACGAGUGCCAAGCAAACUUUGUCUCCAUCAAAGGUCCAGAACUGCUGACAAUGUGGUUUGGAGAGUCGGAAGCCAACGUGCGAGACGUCUUCGAUAAGGCGAGACAAGCGGCACCCUGCAUCCUCUUCUUCGAUGAGCUGGACUCCAUUGCGAAAGCCCGAGGUGGCAGUGCUGGCGACGGAGGAGGAGCAGCGGACCGUGUCAUUAACCAAAUCCUCACCGAGAUGGAUGGCAUGACGAACAAAAAGAACGUCUUCAUCAUCGGAGCCACAAACCGGCCUGACAUCAUUGAUCCCGCCAUCCUGAGACCGGGACGACUUGACCAGCUCAUCUACAUCCCACUGCCAGAUGAAAAGUCAAGGGUGGCCGUUUUGAAGGCCAACUUAAGAAAAUCACCAAUUGCUCGGGAUGUCGACCUCAACUAUUUAGCGAAGAUAACGGAGGGCUUCUCUGGGGCAGACCUCACCGAAAUCUGUCAGCGCGCCUGCAAACUGGCCAUCCGAGAAGCCAUUGAGGCAGAGAUCAGGUUGGAGCGCGAGCGACAGCGACACGCCGACACGGCCAUGGAUGACGACUCUGAUCCCGUCCCUGAAAUCCGCCGAGAUCACUUUGAAGAGGCCAUGAGAUUCGCUCGCCGAUCCGUCAGUGACAAUGACAUCAGGAAGUAUGAGAUGUUUGCUCAGACUCUGCAGCAGAGCCGAGGUUUUGGCAACUUCAGGUUUCCCUCGCGCUCCCAGUCGGGGGGCACUGGCUCGGGGCAGGGAGACACAGGCCGGGGGAACCUCUACAGUGACGAGGGGGACGAUGACCUCUACCAGUAAAGCCAGCGUCCGGAUUGCGUCUCCCUGAAGGAGGGCAGCGUUGGGCGUCUUUCUGCCGUUUGUUUUUCUUUGGCUUCUUAGUUUAAGCAACUGCACUUUGUGGUUUCUUCUUUUCUGCGUUUCUCUUUGAUUGCUGCCAACGGUCACCAAUAUGUCACACGACCUCAAGUGUAGACCCUCACUCCUAGUGCUGAACGCAGACUGUGCCAUAAGGGGGGCACAACUGGCACUCCUGCCAACAUCAUACAGGGGCUCGCAAUAUGUUGGACGGCGGCCAAACUUUAACAGCCAGAGCUACAAAGGGCACAGAUGAGUGGGCAGACCUGAUGGCAGGGGACACCGGGCUGGCACUCGAUUGGAUUGUGUGAUGCGCUGAGGUGCUGCUCGACGUGAAAUCUUCCCAACAGACGAGACGAGACGAGGGGGCACCGGCCAGACACAGGAGCCAGCGGGUCACAUCACGAAACCAAAGAGACGUGACGGAGGGCAGGAGAACUGCACGAGACCCUCUGCCAUGCUGCGCCGCUUGAUGCCACGUCUACGCAUAUCGCACAGCUUGCCAGCCGUACGGUGGGAGUGCCCAAGCAGCUUGCUAGUCAAAUUAAAGAAUAUUUGGUGGAAGUUGUUAAUAAACGGGCUGUUUGACUUUU